AUGGGAGAUAGGCUUCGUCCAGCAGUCGGAGUAAUGGGGAAUGUAGCUUCUAUGUUGCUUUACACUGCACCCAUAUUAACUUUUUCGAGGGUCAUAAAAAAGAAAAGCACCGAGGAGUAUUCUUGUGUUCCAUAUAUCAUUGCACUGUUGAAUUGUUUCCUUUACACUUGGUAUGGCUUGCCUAUUGUAAGCUACAGUUGGGAAAAUUUCCCUUUGAUCACCAUUAAUAGCUUAGGCCUUCUUCUUGAGCUCUCCUUCAUUCUCAUAUAUUUUUGGUUUGCUUCAACUAUAGGAAAGAAGAAGGUUACAAUGAUAACAAUACCUGUUAUCCUAAUUUUCUGCAUCACGCCAACAAUUUCAACUUUUGCAUUCCGUGAUCACCACAAUCGCAAGGUAUUUGUUGGGACUAUUGGACUCGUAGCCUCUGUAGUAAUGUACGAUUCUCCUCUGGUAGUUGUGCAAGUAAUACGAAUAAAGAGCGUUGAAUUUAUGCCAUUCUACUUAUCAUUUUUCUCAUUCCUAGCAAGUUUGCUAUGGAUGGCCUAUAGACUACUGAGCCAUGAUCUUUUACUCUCUCCCAAACUGGUUGGCAGCCCUUUAGGCAUUGUUCAGCUUGUGCUUUACUUCAAGUACAAGAAAAUGGCAAUUAUAAACGAACCAGCCAAAUGGAAUAUAGAGAAGAACAGUGAGAAAACCAAGCAACAAUUGCAGCUCGUGACUACUGAAGAUACUAAUGGCAAGAUUUGA